CUCUGAGCAGCUGCCCUUUCCAAAACAAAAACUCUUGGUAGAAAAAGAAAAAUGAUGACAAUAGUAGUCCAAACAAAUCAAUUAAAUACAGCAGGACAAAUCUAAAAGGAAAAAUAGCAAUGGCCCAAAGCCUUUCAGUUUGCAGAACUAAAUUCCAAGCCAAAGAACUACUAUGCAUAUUGAGUCAUUCAUUGAACAGUAUGUAUUGAGGGCCUACUCUGUGCCAAGUACUUGUGCUAAGUAUGGAAGGAAAGAACUAAAGAUCCUGCCCUCAUGGUGAUGACGGAUGGGGCAAACAGGCAACACAAAUUAACGAAGUAUAUAGUAUAUUAGAAAGUGACAGUGCUAUGGAAGGAAAGAUGAAGAGAUGGGAGAAGGGGUGAGGGAAAGGAUAGGAUAGAAUCUGCAAUUUUAAGUAGCCUUUUUGAGAAAGGAGCAAUAAAGCAAAGACUUGAAGGAGCAGAGGGAGGCGACCAUUAGAUGUCUGGUGGAAGAAUAUCCCAGACAGAGGAAAUAAAGCAAAGUCAAGAGUGGCUGGCUUGAUCAACAAAAAGCAAAGACCAGCAUGGCUAGAGCACAGUGAGCAAAGGAAAGAGCUGAGCUGGAAGUAGGAGGAAUCCUGCAAAGCCUCAGAGGCAGUAAGAAGGACUUCAGCUUGGUUACUUGACCUGUCGUGUCUCCCUCUCCAACGGGAUCCUCUGGGCUUGAAACAGGGAUAGGGACAGAACACAAGGACAUGAGGCAAGAUGUCUCCAAACUCAUUUGUUUCUUUCAUUUUUUCCUUUCCUCAUUUGUGUAAAGCCUUCCCACUUUCUCUUUUCCUUUAGCAUCACUCAUAGAGGCAUCCAUUUUUCUGUCACUAGCUUAUGUGAGCAAAUAAUCCAAUUUCCUUUCACUUUUAACUUCCAAUCCAGGAUCAACUAUGCAUUAUUCUAUUACACAGGGAAGCACAACAACUACUCAUACAUUCCAGAAUUUAUAAAUCUCUUUGCUAUCUAGAUAGAAAGGAACUCUACUCUAAUACCUUAAAACCAAGGCCCAGCAACAGAACAAAGGAUUCUUCUGAAACUACCAUAAAGAUGCCAAGUUGUCUAGUUAAGAGUUUCAUCACUUAGCCUUUCUGGCAGUGACAACCUGCCCACAAGAACAUGCCCCUAGCGAAGGACCUCCUGCACCCAUCCCUGGAAGAGGAGGAGAGGAAACACAAGAAGAAGCGCCUGGUACAGAGCCCCAACUCCUACUUCAUGGACGUGAAGUGCCCGGGGUGCUACAAAAUCACCACCGUGUUCAGCCAUGUACAGACGGUGGUGCUGUGUGUGGGCUGCUCCACCAUCCUGUGCCAGCCGACAGGAGGAAAAGCAAGGCUCACAGAAGGAUGCUCCUUCAGACGGAAGCAGCACUAAGUGCACCCCGAGUCAACGUGAGUGGGGAACUAUCCCAAUAAACAGAUUUUUGCAUACGUUCAAAAAAAAAAAAAAGAGUUUCAUCACUUACUAAGGCCCAAGAUUAACUUUAGGCUAGAGAUCAGGUGGGUAAUAACUUAAGUUCAAAACCCCAAGGAAUUAUGUAAUCUGGGAUUCUGUCCUCAUUCACUUUAGCUUUUGACAAACGAUGGAUUUUGCAUCUGGGCACAUUAGCAACGACAGCCUACGUCUCCUUCUUUGGCAGGUUGUCUAUGGGCAGGCAGGAAAACUAGUAGGAACUCUGCAUGGACCAGAGUAAGACUAACCUCUGCCAGCAUUUGUAACUCCAGAUUCUCAGAGAGACAGUGACCCAGUGAGACAUGAAUUUCCUUCAUUAUGAGGAAGCCUGAGAAGCCAACUUGCUCUCAACUGAUCCAAAAGUAUUUCUAGCCUAUGUACUCCACCUCUAUAAGAGGCAUCAGCCUUGACAAAACACUACUCCGCAGUUCAAAGGUAUGAGUCUACAGGUAAAUCUCUCCAUACUGUGCUUGGGGCUGAAAUCCAUGGGAUCACGCCAUAGCUAAAGGCAGUGCUGGGAAUGGAUUAUCUCAGAAGACAAUGCUAACGCGGAAUGUUUUCUCUGUAUUUGGAGGGUGGGUGGGAAGAAUGCAGAGGGAAAAGAAUAGACAGAAGGUGAACCUUUCCUACUGACUCAUGCACUGGCCAUUUAUUCAUUCUUCAAACACUGAGCACUACUACAUAUCAAUCAUAGGACCAGAUACAGAAGACACACAAGAAAUUUCUCCAGAAAUAAAAACCUACCCGAGUGGUUCUCAAUGUUAGAGGCACACUAGAAUUACUGGAGAGCUCUGCUAAGCCUAAUACCACACCUGGCCCUAGAUCAAUUAAAUCAGGAUAUCUGGGUAUAGAUCCCAGACAUCAGUAUUUUUUUAAGCUAGUGAUUCCAAUGUGUAGACAAACUUGAGCAUCUCUGAUCUAAAAGGAAGAGUUACUAGUAAUGGAUCCAUUAAAAACACCCACACUGGGGUGCCUGGAUGGCUCAGCUGGUUAAGCGUCCAACUUUGGCUCAGUUCAUGAUCUCAUGGUUCGUGAGUUCGAGCCCCACACUGGGCUGUGUGCUGACAGCUCAGAGCCUGGAGCCUGCUUCGGAUUCUGUGUUUCCCUUUCGCUCUGACCCUCCUCUGCUCACACUCAGUCACUCUCUCUCUCUCUCUCUCUCUCUCUC